AUGGCGGUGGCUGAGACACAGCUGUACGCAAAGGUGUCCAACAAGCACAGGAGCAAAAGCACCUCUGUACUCCUCGAGUCUCUCCUCGCCAAAGGAUUCCCGGCUCAUAUCGCGCAAAAAGCCUUGGCUGCUACUGGACAAAAGACAAUAGAAGAUGCUGCAAAAUGGUUGCAUGCGCACUGCAAUGAUCCCUCUUUGGAUGACCCAAUCCCUCAGGAAUAUGCUCUCUACUUGUGUCCCACCGGCCGUUUGCAUAACCACCUGCAAGAAUUUUGGAAGGAGAGCAAGCGCCAGUGCGGGAAAAACAGAGCCCACGAGAUUUUUCCACACAUCACUCUCUGUGACUUCUUCACAUGUGAAGACCAGAAAGUGGAAUUAUUGUAUGACACCUUAAAGCGAGUCGGUGACAGCUUUUCUCAGUGCUUUCCACCAUCCAUUUCCCUAUCACUACAUUCAUCCGCCAGCUACCUUGGCUUCUUCAUUGGUGACAACCAUGCAAAUAUCCUCAAAGAGUUCGCUGUGGCGUUCUCGUCAGAGGCUUCAGCCCUGGCAGAUUGCCAUGUGAAGCCCUGCCUAAAGCAGCUCCACCUUACCUUGGCUCACAAGUUUUAUCCUCACCACCAGAAGACUUUGGAACAAUUGGCCAAAUGCAUUAACCCAGGGGAGUCCUGCCAGUGGGUGGCUGCUCUCUAUUCACGGGACAUACGUUUUGUGCACUACCAGAGGCUGAGGGCUCUCUUCCAGUACAAGCCCCAAAACAUUGACGAACUGAUGAUCAACACCGGGGACUUCAUCUACGUUGACCCGACACAGCAGUCCGACGUGAGCGAAGGCUGGGUGAUCGGGACCUCACACCGGACCGGCUGUAGGGGUUUUCUUCCCGAAAACUACACUGAGAGGGCAAACGAGUCAGACACGUGGGUUAAGCACAGGGAAUAUGUUUUUGGAACAGCUUCGAGAUUCUUCACCCAAAAUCAAAAUGAAUCUAAUGUAAAGCUGAAUGGAGAAGUCCAUAAUCCUAGAAUGUCAAGGAGUGUAACCAAUGUACUUUCUCUUCAGAAUGCCACCCUGCGAAGAGGCGUUGAAAGAGUUGAUCAGGUCUUUGGCAAAUCUUGGCUUCAACAGUGCUUGACUGCAGAUGGAAAAUACUACAGAGCAGAUCUGAACUUCCCUUCCACCCUGCCGAAGCGGCAAGACAACGUGAAGCAUUUUGAAAACGACCCUCCUUUAUCUUGCUGUGGUGUUUUCCAGUCAAGGCUUAUAGGGGAAGCUCUGCUGGACCAGGAGGUGACAGUCAGCUACGUGUACUCGUCACCCGCACUCCGAUGCAUACAGACAGCCCAACACGUACUGCAGGGGCUUAAAUUAGAUCAAAAAGUCAAAAUCAGGGUGGAACCAGGACUGUUUGAAUGGACCAAGUGGGAAGCAAGCAGAGUAGUCCCUGACUUCAUGACUGUGACAGAACUGGCAGAGGCCUCUUACAGAAUAGACACAAGUUACAGGGGUAAUUUCCCACUCUCUUCUCUGGUGCCAUCGGAAAGUUAUGAAGAAUAUGUAAGCAGAAGUUCUGCGGUUAUAAAACAGAUCGUCACUGCCUGCCCCAGCAAAGGUAUCAUCCUCAUUGUGGGCCAUGGCUCUUCCUUGGCAUCUUUCACCCGACCUCUGAUAGGGCUCCCUGCCAGAGACAGCAACGACUUUGCCCAGUUGGUACUCAAGAUCCCUUCCCUGGGCAUGUGUUUCUGUGAAGAGAUUAAAGAGGAGAACAAAUGGCAGAUGGUCAACCCACCAGUGAAGACAUUAACUCAUGGAGCAAAUGCAGCGUUUAACUGGAGGAAUGGUAUCGUGGAAGAUUAG